AAAAUGACGCUGUUCAAGUUGGGUAGAUCAUAUGCUCAGCUUAGAAGACCGUGUGAGUUAUGUCGACUGUAUAGUCAUACUGUGGGGUCAGAUAAAAAGGAGCUGAAAUCAUCAUACGAUGCAGUGGUUAUAGGCGCAGGCAGCUUAUCUCCAGAAGCAAGGUCUUGAUGUGUGUGUCCUUGAGAGAAGGCAUGUGAUUGGUGGAGCUGCUGUUACUGAGGAAAUUGUUCCAGGUAAGGCAUGUGAUUGGUGGAGCUGCUGUUACUGAGGAAAUUGUUCCAGGUAAGGCAUGUGAUUGGUGGAGCUGCUGUUACUGAGGAAUUUGUUACAGGUAAGGCCUGGAUUGGCAGAGCUGCUGUUACUGAGGAAAUUGUUCCAGGUAAGGCAUGUGAUUGGCGGAGCUGCUAUUACUGAGGAAAUUAUUCCAGGUAAGGCAUGGGAUUGGCUGAGCUGCUGUUACUGAGGAAAUUGUUCCAGGUAAGGCAUGCGAUUGGCGGAGCUGCUGUUACUGAGGAAAUUGUUCCAGGUAAGGCAUGUGAUUGGCGGAGCUGCUGUUACUGAGGAAAUUAUUCCAGGUAAGGCAUGAAAUUGGCGGAGCUGCUGUUACUGAGGAAAUUGUUCCAGGUAAGGCAUGUGAUUGGUGGAGCUGCUGUUACUGAGGAAAUUGUUCCAGGUAAGGCAUGUGAUUGGUGGAGCUGCUGUUACUGAGGAAAUUGUUCCAGGUAAGGCAUGGGAUUGGCAGAGCUGCUGUUACUGAGGAAAUAAGGUAAGGCAUGUGAUUGAUAGAUCUGCUGUUACUGAGGAAAUUGUUCCAGGUAAGGCAUGUGAUCGGUGGAGCUGCUGUAACUGAGGAAAUUGUUCCAGGUAAGGCAUGGGAUUGGUGGAGCUGCUGUUACUGAGGAAAUUAUUCCAGGUAAGGCAUGGGAUUGGUGGAGCUGUUGUUACUGAGGAAAUUGUUCCAGGUAAGGCAUGGGAUUGGUGGAGCUGCUGUUACUGAGGAAAUUGUUCCAGGUAAGGCAUGGGAUUGGUGGAUCUGCUGUUACUGAGGAAAUUGUUACAGGUAAGGCAUGGGAUUGGCAGAGCUGCUGUUACUGAGGAAAUUGUUCCAGGUAAGGCAUGGGAUUGUUGGAGGUGCUGUUACUGAGGAAAUGGUUCCAGGUAAGGCAUGGGAUUGGUGGAGCUGCUGUUACUGAGGAAAUUGUUCCAGGAUACAAAUUUUCAAGAGCUUCGUAUGUUUUAAGUUUGUUACGGCCACAGGUUUACAAAGAUCUUGAAUUAAAGAAGUAUGGUCUGAAAGUGUACCUGAGGGAUCCUAAUGCAUAUACGCCACUGCUGGAGCCACAGAUAGUCAGAGGUCAAAAGGUCACAUCGUUACUGAUGGGCAGAGAUGCUGCUAAAAAUAGAGAAGAGAUUGCCAAAUUUUCUGAACGGGAUGCAAAGAAAUUUGGAGAGUUUGAAGCUAUGUUGGACAGAAUAGUGUCAUCCCUGGACCCAAUCCUGGAUGCUCCGCCAGUACAUCUUCCCUCACUGUUUGAACGCAAGACCAUGCAAGAUAAACUGAAAAUAUUACGCUCAUUGAAGAAUCUCUUUAGCUGUAUGAGAAAACUUGGUAAAGACAGCAAAGACUUUUAUGAUCUUAUGACUGCACCUGCCAUUAAAGUGCUGGACAAAUGGUUUGAGUCUGAGCCAUUGAAAGCAACACUCGCUACGGAUGCUGUUAUAGGAGCCAUGAUCAGUCCUGAGACACCAGGAAGUGGGUAUGUGCUUCUACAUCAUGUUAUGGGAGAGAUCGAGGGUGUUAAAGGGGCGUGGGGUUAUGUCGAGGGAGGAAUGGGGUCAGUGUCUCAAGCUAUAGCUAACUGUGCUAUGGACCACGGAGCCAGUAUAUUCACUAGCAAGCCAGUGAGCAAGAUAAUUACACAGAAUGAUGAAGCUGUUGGCAUUGUACUUGAUGACGGGACAGAAAUCAGGUCAAAAGUCAUUCUUUCAAAUGCCACUCCAAAGGUCACUUUCCUUGACCUUUUACCUAAGGAUACCUUGCCUUCAGAUGUUAAAGAUGAAGUUAAAUUAUUCAACUAUGAUUCUCCAGUGACAAAAAUAAAUGUUGCUGUGAACAAGAUCCCGAACUUCCUUGCUGAUCCAAACACCACUGAGGAUUCUGUGAUGCCUCAUCAUAGAUGUACCAUACACAUUAACUGUGAAGAUACUAAUUACAUAAAUGAGGCAUACCUGGAAGCAAAGAGAGGCAAAUAUUCAAAACGCCCUAUGAUUGAGAUGACUAUUCCAUCAAGCCUGGACCCUACUCUGGCCCCACCCGGACACCAUGUGGUGUUGCUGUUUACACAGUAUACACCAUACAAUCUGGCAGACGGACAGACGUGGGAUGAGAAAAAUAAGAAUGCAUAUGCAGACACAGUAUUUGACUGUAUAGAACAAUAUGCUCCAGGCUUCACAGAUAGUGUUGUUGGCAGGGAUAUUCUUACACCUCCAGAUCUGGAAGCAGUGUUUGGGCUUACAGGAGGGAAUAUUUUCCAUGGAGCCAUGUCUCUGGACCAACUAUACAUGAGUAGACCAACUACAGUACUCAGCAAUUACAGAUCACCUCUGUCGCGGCUGUACCUGUGUGGAAGUGGAGCUCAUCCUGGCGGAGGUGUGAUGGGAUCAGCCGGAAGACUGGCUGCUCAGACAGUGAUAGAAGAUCGCAAGCGCUUAAACCUCUAGAUGUACCAUACAUUCGGUUAUAUUUGUGAGAGUUUAAUUUUCAGCUAAAAUUAGCAAAUUAAAAACACAUGUGAAUAUGAACCAACAUUUAGGCAGUUAUUUACUGCUCAUAGACAUGGUUGCAUUUUCUUAACAAUGCAGAUAAUGAUGCUGACUAUUACUUAGUCAAAAACGGUGAAGUCAUUUCCGGUGGACUAAUUUUCAUGUAUUGCUGAAAAAAAUCACAAAAUUAAAUUCCAACAACAAAAUAAAUUCUCAUUGACUGGUAUUUAUCUUCUGUAGAAAUCCAUGAAUUUAUAUUGCAACAAAGAAGCCAUUUUGACCAAACCCACGAAAUUUGAUACAAAUGACAUGAAAUGAGCCAUGCCAUGAUA